AUGGAUCGAGACCACGCGUCGAGCGGGACGGGCGACGGCUCGGGCACGCACGCGACGUCGCGAACGAACGCCGAGGGGUCGCUGACGGAACGCGUGAAGCACGCGGUGCGGUCGAUGAGCGCGAACGAGUACUCGUGCGUGAAGUCGACGUUGCCGACGUUUGCGUCGAUAAAGCGGAAACAUUUGGAGCGGUUGGUCAGGGCGACGUGGGCGAGCGAAUUCGAGGCGGAAAACGCGGAGGAGAUCGCCAGGGCGUUGGCGCGGGUGAACGUCUUGCGCUCGCCGCUGAGCGCUCUGCGACGAGCGGGAUUGCUUCACGCGUUGGCUCGUUACGGAUCGAACUCGAUGCUGUAUCCGCUGUACGCGUGGAGAGAGAAAUUGUUUGAUGAACCCCUCGAAGCGUAUUCGAGCGAUGAUAGGAGUGAGUUAGCCCGAGCGAGAAGGAAGAUGUGCGCGGAGUUCAAUCGAGGAGCGGGGGCGAAAGAUCGUCAGGGGCAGAACGCGUGCGCGGGACUUGUCGCGCCGUGCGCGGCGCUCGUGCGAGCAAAAGUGAAAUUUCACAGGCACUUCGUGGCUUUUGAGAAUAAUUACAGCGUCGACGCGCGAGAAGAAGUUUUGUUGGAUGACGAGGAUGACAUCGGGAUGAGUGAUCCGAUCUCGUCGCUGAGCCUGUGUGCGCUCAUCGCGAUUUCUGGCAAGGCGCGGCGCGUGCUCGACGUCGCCGCGCCACUGUUACCGGAUUUGUCUGAAUGGGUGACGGAGGCGAACGCGGCAGAUGGGUUACAAUGGGCCGAACUCGUCGCCUUUGUCGCUCGGAUGGCGCUUCAAGAGGCGGAUUUAGCGUACGGAGCAGCGCUGUUCGUGGCGGCAACGCUCGCCGAGGAGAAGCGAUUAUCGGAGAGCGACAACGAGAAAUUCCAGGUUGAGUACGACGCGCUGCGUCAGUGCUUCGCCGUGGCGCGCUCGAAAGUUUAUCUCCACGAAGAGAGUGUGCACGAACUCGGUGUGAACGCGCCGGACUUUUUGGAGACGGAGACGGAUAUCAAAGAAAUUCUCAGCGCAAACGCACCAGCGAAGAAGCACGUUUUGGAUACGACGUUCAUCAAUCUGAUGGACGCCGACGUGAGCGGAGAGCCAAUGUCGGUAACGUACGCAACGCCGGUGGUGGGAGAGACGCCCCCUCUGAUUGAGUUCGACGGCCCGGGAAGCCAUGCGGUCGACUGGUACAACCCAUUUGGUCUGGCGCCACCGCAAGAUUUGGGCGUCAGGCCAGGUCACAGACGGAAACCGAGCGAUUUCGAUCUGGAGGCUUUCGCGGCUCCGCUUGAGUUCACACCGCUGCAGAGCGGGCCGGCGUCCGAGUUGACUUACGUCGACCCUUUCGCGACGCCGGCGAACGCACCAAACGCGGACGCAUUGGACAUGAACGCGCUUACGCAGCUGUUGGGAACUCCAAAGCGGAUGCCAUCGCCAUCGCGGCAGGGCGCGCACACGCCUCAGAAACCACCACGAAGCCCGAUGCACCAGCCGGAUUGGUUUGUCGAGAUCCCUUUGGCGGAGUUGGAAUUCGGUCGCCAAAUUGGGCGCGGCGCGUUCGGCGAAGUUUUCCGAGGAAAAUUCCGUGGCACCGAUGUCGCCAUCAAACGUCUGUGUGUCCUCGAUGGUUCUGCCGCUGCGCCGAUGAUGACUAGCGAAGAGACGUCCGAUGACCGUGGUCUCGCCGAGUUCAAACGCGAGUUAUCGUUUCUCUCUCGCUUGCGUCAUCGACACAUUGUGCAAUUCAUCGGCGCUGCGACGGAGCCGCCAAACUUGUGCAUCGUCAUGGAUUAUUGCGACAAAGGUUCGCUGUACGCGUACUUGCACAAUCAGUCGAAGACACUCUCGGCGUUCAAGGUGUUGAAGUGGAUGAGCGAAGCCGCGAAAGGAUUGGUGUACCUUCACGCGAGCGGAAUAAUUCACAGAGACGUCAAAUCCGGAAACUUGUUCAUCGACGACGGCGGGUCGAUUAAGAUCGGAGACUUUGGCCUUUCGAAGUUCCACAGCGGCGCUUCUACGAGCGGGGGUAUGAUGUCCGUCGUAGGCACGUAUCAGUUCAUGGCGCCCGAGCUCCUAAAUGGACAACCUCGGUACACCUCGGCGGUCGACGUCUACAGUUUUGGCAUCGUCAUGUGGGAGUGUCUCACCAGAGAGGAACCGUUCGUCGGGCUAUCGCCGAUGCAAAUAGUCGCCGCACUUCUUCGUGGCGAAAGGCCCGGAGACGGCGCAACUGAAACGAACGACAUGGAACUCCCUGAGGAGUACCUCGAGCGAAUGCGCGCGUGUUGGGACGCCGAACCCGGCGUUCGGCCGGCGAUGAAAGACGUCGCCCCCGAGCUCGAGCGUCUCUUCCUCAACGAGAAGCGUCGCGUACUCGCCGCGAAACGCGCCGUCGACCAAACGCCCUCGCUCAUUUAG